AUGCCUUCUCCAUUGACCCUUUUCCUCGGACUUGCCACACUGCUAUUCGGCGUCUUUGUGUCUCGAUCACCAUUCAUGAUGACCACAGCCCCAGCUUCCGGAUCCAAGCCCUGGGCUGAUCAGCCCAUGAAGCUUGUUGCGACUCCCCAGUACGAGUCCAAGAAGACGGACCUCUUCAGUACAGGUGCAACGCAUAUGGCGCUGCUGCACAACUCCAUCUUUAGAGGGUACAACAGCAUCUACCUGCAAGCACCACAUGUCCAGGACGCGGACAAGGCCGACUUCAUCGGAUAUGCUUUGACUUGGUUUAAGUUCGUCAAGUCGCACCACGAUGACGAGGAGGAUUCCCUGUUCACCAAGAUCGAGGAGCUUCUCGAAGACAAGACCGUCUUUGAAGAGACACACAAGGAGCACGAGUCCUUCCUCCCCGGCCUCGCCGAGUUCAACAAAUACCUACUCUCUGUCCAGCCCAACCCACAAUCCUUCGACCCAACCGAGCUCGUGCGCAUCAUGGACGGCUUCGCUGCCAACUUCGAGAACCACUUCCACUCCGAGAUCAAGACGAUCGCGAGCCUGGCCGAACACCCGAACGCCCCCGCCCCGGACACACCCCGUGCCGCCGAGGCGUCCAACACCUUCAAGGUCUGGGGCAAGAACACGGUCACCAAGGCGGGCACGACGGACGUGGUCCCGUUCUUCCUGCUGAACCUGGACCGGUCCACCCAGUUCGAGGAGGGCCAGUGGGCGAACUGGCCGCCCAUCCCUGCGCCUAUCAAGUGGGGGCUGAUCAACAUCGGCGGGUGGAUCAACGGGAACUACUGGAAGUUCUCGAGCUGCGACGCCUCGGGCGCCAGGAGGGAGCUGUAUGCCCUGCAGGGCGACAAGGCCAAGGCGUAG